AUGUUUUUAAAUUUUGGUCGAUUCUUUGGAUUUGGAUCCUAAUCUAAAUUUGACAUUUUGCUAAAACAAGAUAAUUUAACCUUAGAAACCAUAUUGAAUGAGGAAGACAUAUUGUCUGAAUUAAAAAAUUCAAGCUCAGGCAAGUUUGCUGAUUUCAUAAUACAGCAUCCUAAGGAAUACUAUAAAAUGAUUUAUUACAUUAAUAAAGAUGUAACUGAUCAGGAGUAUAAUUCUAAAUAUCCAUUUUUGAUAAGUGAAAUAUUAGGUUCAGAAAAUGAUAAAUUGAUUAAUUUUCUAUUUGAAAAACAAGAGGACACACCUUAAGAAGAAGUUUAAAAUCCUUUAGAAGAUCAGCUAGCACUGAGUUAAUUCUAAGAGGAACAUUAAGAAAACGAAAAACUAAGAUAGAAUUUACUACCUGAUCUACUUUCUCUAUUAGAAAAUGAUUUCCUCUUAAUCACAUUAGCUGGAUAUUUUACCAAGAUUAUUUCAGCAAUUAUUCAUAAAAGAGGAGAUGAUUUUUGGGAAUACUUAAAAAAUCACCCACGAAUAAUCUCAAAUCUAUUCAAACAUUUAAGCAUAAGACAAAUUACUGAAAUAUUUGAAAAGUUGAUUAUUUUAGAUAAAGGUUAUGAAGAACAUCAUGAAGGCUUUUAUAUAGAAGAGAGACAAAAUUUAAUAGCCAGAAUGCUCAAAUUCCUCAAAGGAGAAUCACAUUCAAAUACAAUUAUUACAAACAUUUGUGAAUCCCUUAUUGAAGUAUACAAAAGAGCAUUGAUAUCUCUUGAAUCUAUGGUAGUUUUGAGAGAAAUUCUAUUAAAAAUUGAAAAACCGCUAUUCUUUAUGAGUUUGGCACUGCAAACUUAAAAUAGUUCCAUAUAUAGUUUACUCAACAUUCAAUUUGAAUUUUAUAACAAAAUGUCUUAGCUAUAAGAUAAACCAUACGAAAUAGAACUUUCUGUUCUUUAUAAACCAAUUUUAGAUGAAUCACUCAAGGCUCUAACUUAAUAGGACAUCUUUAAAGUAUCUUUUUAAACUACUUCUGGAAAUAUAAUUAGACCAUUAGGCGAUUCAAAAUUGUUAUUAAUAUAAUUGAUUAUAUAAUUAAUUUAGAAAAAAGAAUUAGCUCUGGUAAUUGAAAAUGGAGAAAUAUUUUAACAAAUAAUUAAUUUAGUAUUUGAAUAUCAAACAAACAAUUAAUUACAUGUUUUAUUUGAAAAAUUGAUUGUUGCCAUUUUAGAUUCAUAAAAUGAUCAUUUGCAUGAACUAUUUUUUGAAGAUACCAAUUUUCUGAAUUUACUAAUAAAGAUUAAUGGGUCUGAAGAAAGAAAAAAGAAACAUGGAUUUUAAGGUAUAUUAACCAAAAUAACUAAUUAUAUUAAUACUCCAAGUGUCCUUUAAAAAUGUUAAGUAGUAUAAACUGCAAUUGAUAGCAUCUAAAAUGAAUGGUUAAAAUAUCUUGAAGAAUUAUAAGUAGUUAAUGAAGUUGAAUAAUCGUGGUUAUUAGGAGUUAAUCCAAGAUUCAGAGAACAAAUAAAUGUAGAUCCUUAUAGUCCCCCUAUUUUCUGGCCUAAUAAUCUAUCCUCUUAUUAAAACAAUUCCACAGAUAAUUCUAAUUCAUAAACAAAUGAAAAUCAAGAAGAAACUUAAGUAGAAACUAAUAAUACCAGUGAAAAACAAGAAAUUGAUCAAAAUGCAGAUGAAUUUGAUUCAGAAGAAGCUUAAAUUGAAAAAUAAUCACCUAUUGAGGUUGUACAAGUGAAAGAAGAGAAUAUUGAAUCUUUGGAUGAGUAAUAGCCUGAAAAGUAUGAAUAAAAGAUAGUUGAUUCUCCAGUCUAUGUUGUUAGUGAUGAAUAAAUAAAGGAGAAUCCUGUAUAAAUAGCAGAGUUUUAGGAGGAGCCAAAUUAAUCAGUAUAAGAAGAACAAGAUAUUGUCUAACAAGAAGAAUAACUAAAUGAUUAGAAUUAAAAUUAAUAGAAUUAACUGCAAGAGUAGCCAAAAUAGGAAGAAUAAUCUAAUACACAAGAAUAACCAAAACAAGAUGAACAAUAAGAUUUGCUUCAAGAGUAACCAAAGAAGGAAGGGUAAUAAUAACCUUAAGUUGAAUAAGAACCAUAGGUAGAUAAUAAUGCAAUUUAAGAAUAACAGGAGCAGGAUUAAUAACUUAAAGAUAAUGUUUGA